GCUACACCACAAGCCACAUCUUCAAGAGCCAGCUGGCGAAGCGCUUCUGUGGGCAGGGGUCGAGCAUGACAGUUCUGGAGCUCGGGGUGCACAUGGGUCACACCACGGCCGUCUUAGCUGCGAUUUUUCGGAAGGUGAUUUCAGUGGACAUCUUGAGGACGUCUUUGGACGUAGCUGCCAAGCACACCGCAGCCUUGCCAAACGUGUUUCUGCUAUCCUUGGACCUCAUGGCCGCCGACUGGCGGGCCUUCGCCAGCAACAACGUCAGCGUGGUCGUUAUCGAUGCGAGCCACGACUACGCGAGCGUCCUCUCCGACGCGCGCAACUCUUUGCACUACCUCCCGCACUUAAGGUACCUGGUCUUCGAUGACUACGGCUACGACCCUGUGUAUCGAGCGGUGCAG